AUGGAGCUCACGGAUGAGUCUCAACAGCUGGCAGAUUGCUGGACGACGAAACUUGCGUACUGGUCUGGCCAAAACAACCACAUGAAAAUCGCUGCUUUUCGACAAGCGAUGCUCAGUCCGAUGACGUUUUAUGUGACAAUUCUUACUUACUGUGCCAGAUUUCGAGCUCACGCUUCGGGAUUAAAAGAGACGCCCCAGUCUAUCCAAUAUACGUCAACGGCAGAACGCUCUCUUCUGCGAUAUAUCCAAGCCGCAAGCGACCCGUAUGACGAGAAUAUCGUCAUGACCUUUGCUGCGUUAUCGCUCCAAGAGGAGAGAUACGGGAGCAAAGAAAGGGCCGCGGAACAUAUGAAUCAAGCGAUGGUGCGGUUAAGGCCUCGUGCGGCAGAUUAUCCUUUCCAAAACGUAUUUGUUCAUUAUGUGCGUUAUACCAUGUCUCCAUGCGGCGUGGUCCGGGACGCUGUAGAAGCUUCUAAGUUAUCAUCCUUUCUACGCAUUGCGCAAUCUGCGGCCCAAGAUUAUCACUUUAUUUACCAGGCCCCUCUCAGAAGGACCGCAUUCCAGUUCUCCACGCCUCUUCAUCUGAUACUCUCCUCGGGGCCGCAUCCGAGUCCUGUGCCGAAGGAAGAACGAAAAUGGGUCGUCAAUUGCGGCGCAGUGCACGAUCUCUGUCGUGUCGCGUCACUGAUAUAUAUCACCUCGUCUAUACUUGACUAUCGUCUCUCGCCGCACAAGUGUAACCUCUUUCUUGAGGAACUGUUGCUGAAGAUUAGCCAGCACAAUCUCGACCGCUGGGCAUCUACAGAGUCGCUUUUAUGGAUGCUUCUUGAGGAUCCUUCAAACGUGGACUUGAAAGACCCGCGGCGUGCCUGGGUUGUGGGGGACAUAAUGGGAAUCGUUCAAAGGCUGCCGGCGCUGCUGAAGUAUCAGUUCAGUGAACUUUUACUCCGUUUUUUGAUGCUGAGGCCGCCGGAUCUUGAGAUAUCACUGGAUAAAUUUGAAGUAGCCCUAUGGCAGCAUGUCAAUUCGCAGUUGGUUGUCGACUGCCACGAGUGAGCCUCAUGCAUAGUUAUAUUUCGAGUCGCGUCCGCCUGUCUCCUGCUAUGUGGAAACUCGAUGUUCCUUUCGGUCUCGAGGCGCAACUAUAAUAUAGCAUUGCGACAGAGUAAUUUUCC